AUGGACGGACCAGCUACCCCUAUGGACCCCACCGAACGACUGCGUGAACGCAUCCUAAGUUACAGUACGUCCCCCUCCCUCCCUCGCCACACCCCCUCACCUGACACACUCUUCUCCACUCCAGACGACGCUUCUCUCAGUCGAGCGAUGAGAACGUCGGGUCCCUUCUCCACUGCCGUAGCAGACUGGGCACUCGGCUUAUCUGGCUCUUAUGAACAUGAUCUACCCAAGAUGGAAGACCUCACCCUCCUCGGUGUAGAAAUCCGCCAAUCACUACUGGGAAACGACAACGACAAGACUCUAGAAGCCAAGGGUAGCUUAUCAGGCACAUACGUCCGCCAAGGACGAUACGACGAAGCCCGAGUGUUGCGGGAACAAGUGCUUGAAGUGAUGAAGCGGACCAAAGGCAAAGACCACCCAGACACACUCAAGUGCAUGGGUUACUUGGCGUGGAUAUACGCGUACCAAGGACAAUACCUCUUUUCCGAAAACCUCGAACGUCAAAUCCUCACCGGUCUCGAAAAGCGGUUGGGUGCCGAACACGACGAUACAGUCGAAGCGAUGCACAACCUCGGGUUGACCCUCUUUUCACAAGGGAGGUACCACGAAGCCGAACGUAUGCAGUGUCGCGUCGUCGAGAUCCGCAAGAGGACGUUGGGCGAGGUGGCCACGGGAACACUGUCGGCUAUUGGCAAUCUAGGAUUGACGUACCACGCGCUGGCCAUGUAUGCGGCUGCUGAAAAGAUUCAGGCGCCGGUUGUUAAAUUGCUUGGCGAGGAGAAUACGAGCAAGGACGCGCUCAAGGCGAAAGAGGACUUGGCGGUGACGUACCAGUGGCAGAGUCGCUUUGCCGAGGCGGAAAAGCUGCAGUUGCAGGUGUUGAAGGGGAGAAAGGAUACGAUUGGCGAUAGGCAUCCAGAUACGCUCAAGGCGAUGAGUAAUCUCGCCUUUACCUAUCACCAGCAAACCAAUUAUACCAAGGCGGAGAGGGUCAAACUCGAAGUCCUCGAGAUUCAAAAGGAAAAGUAUGGGGAAAGGGGUGUGUUGCAUCGAGAUGUGAUCACGGCCAUGAGUGAUGUGGCCCUCACCUACCAAUACCAAUCCCGCCACUCCGAAGCCGAAGCUCUCCAAGUCAAAGUGCUCGAAGGCAAAAAGGCGAUCCUCG